GGGUUCAAACAAUUCUCCUGCCUUGGCCUUCUGGGUAGCUGGGGUUACAAGGCAUGUGCCAUUACACCUGUCUGUUGUAUUUUUCUAGUAGAGAUGGGGUUUUACCAUGUUGGUCAGGCUGGUCUCGAACUCCGGACCUCAAGUGAUCCACCUGCCUCGGCCUCCCAAAGUGCUGGGAUUACAAGUAUGAGCCACUAUGCCCAGCUGGAAAAAGACAGAUCUAAGCAGCUUGGGUAACUAUAAAUGGAAGCAGUAGGGGGGUUUGAGACCCCUGCUUGGGGGCUUUCUGGCCUAAUAUACCAGAGCUUAGCAAACUUUUUAAAUAAAGAGCCAGAUAGUAAAUAUUUUCAGCUUUGCAGGCCAUACUGUCACAGCUACUCAAUUCUGCAGUUGCAGUGCAAAAGCAGCCACAGACAAUAUGCAGAUGAGUGUGGCUGUGUUUAAAUAAAACUUAUUCGUGAGCACUGAAAUAGGAAUUUCAUAUAAUUUUCCUAUGUCACACAAGCUUCUUUAAAAAGUUUUCAUUAUAAAAAUGUAAACAAACAUUAUUAGCUUGGGGGAAGGGGAGAAGCAUGGAAAAAAAUCAGACAGCUGGGCAAAUUUGGCCCAUGGUUUGCCCAUCCCAGCUUUAGACAGAUUUCCAGGUAAGAGCAAAUGGGCCAGGAGUGGACUGUAGGGCUUGGUUCAGUGAAAGUCUCUCUAUCCAUGGCUGCAAGUAUCUGAAUUUUCAAACACCUUUCACAUUUCAGUCUCAGCUGAGAUAAAUUAGAGGGAAAAGACACCUCAGGCAAAGAUAGAAAAGAGACUUAUUUAAUAAUUAAUGGUUUUUGAUUUAUUACUUAUAAUUUUAUAAAUUAAUUUACUAAUUUACAAAUAACUUUCUGAGCUCUUACAUGUGCAGGCACUGUGCUAGGCCUGUUACAAACUCUGGAGAACUGAGUUUUCCCCGUAUACAGAUGCAGAUACCGAGACCCUUUGGGGUCGGGUGACAGCUCAGAUCCCACAGCUACUAGGGCACAGGCAGGAACGAAGCCCCGGGGUCUUUUGAUGGUAGCUGAGCCGCACCCAGACACCCAUGCAUGUCUGCCAGCACUCCGUACUGGCUGGGAAACACUCCCUGAAUCCAAAGGUGUCGGUUUAGUCAGUUACGAGCCAGUGGUCCUCAAGUGUCCCCACCUGUAGGAUGCGGGCGCCCUGCUCCAGUGCUGCAGCCUCGCGACCCCCUGGAGGGUGGGGGAUGGUAGCUCAGGCGAGUCUUCCGGCCGCCCCAGGGAGGGAGGAAAUGAGCCGGCGGCAGAGGCGGGUUUUCGGCGGGGCCAACCCACGGUGCGGGGAGCGCGGCCAUGGAGCUUCUGCUGUCGGUGCUGCGUGUACUGCUGGGCGGCUUCUUCGCGCUCGUGGGGUUGGCCAAGCUCUCGGAGGAGAUCUCGGCUCCAGUUUCGGAGCGGAUGAACGCUCUGUUCGUGCAGUUUGCUGAGGUGUUCCCGCUGAAGGUAUUUGGCUACCAGCCAGAUCCCCUGAACUACCAAAUAGCUGUGGGCUUUCUGGAACUGCUGGCUGGGCUGCUGCUGGCCGCGGGCCCACCGAUGCUGCAAGAGAUCAGUAACUUGUUCUUGAUCCUGCUCAUGAUGGGGGCUAUCUUCACCUUGGCAGCUCUAAAAGAGUCACUAAGCACCUGUAUCCCGGCCAUCGUCUGCCUGGGGUUCCUGCUGCUGCUGAAUGUUGGCCAGCUCUUAGCCCAGACUAAGAAGGUGGUCAGACCCACUAGGAAGAAGACUCUAAGUACAUUCAAGGAAUCCUGGAAGUAGAGCAUCUCUGCCUGUUUAUGCCGUGCAGCUGUCACAGCAGAAAUAUGGUAGAACACAGAGUCUGUCAUCUUGUUGCAAGUAUAAUAUCCAGGGUCAGCCAGUGUUGAAAGAGACAUUUUACCUACCUGGCCCUACUUUCUCUUUUUAGCUUUACUACUCUUUUGUGAGGAGUACAUGUUAUGCAUAUUAACAUUCCUCAUGUCAUACGAAAAUACAAAAUAAGCAGAAAAGAAAUUUAAAUCAACCAAAAUUCUGAUGCCCCAAAUAACCACUUUUAAUGCCUUGGUGUUAGUAUACCUCUGAACUUUUUUCUGUGCCUUUAAGCAGAUACAUAUUUUUUUAAAUGAAAAUAAAACCAUAUAUCCUAUUUUAUUCCCUCCUUUUAAAACCUUAUAAACUAUAACACUGUU